CCAGCCCUUGGCCGCCGCCCCCGCCGCCGCCUCGGCGUGUCAGGUGCCGUGAGAAGCGCCAAGGGAUAUGACUGGAGCCGACUUUCCAGAAGCCGCGCACGCAAGGCACAGCUCCGCACGCAAGGGGGAGGCGACAAGAGGAAACUUUUCAACCCGACAAAGUUCGCCGGCGCGCGGAGAUUUGCCUCCUCCUCCUCCUCCCCGCCUCCUUCCCCCCAGGAUGCUUCAGGGCGCGCUCCCUCCCCUCCGCUCCCCAGUGUUCGCCCCAGCUCGGCUCAGGGCCUCGCGCCAAGGGCCUCGGACUCGGCCAGCGCGGCCCGGCGCCCUCCAGUGGGCGGUGUCACCUGGAGGAGUUUCUACGCGGGAAACCUCGGGGCCAGCUGCGCCCCGCCAGUGAGGGCCUUUGUGUGCCAAGGACGGUCGGGGCCCCGGGGCGGGGGAGCGGCGGCUCUCAGGGAUUCUUGAUCUUGCUCCGCGAGGUGGCAGAACUUGGCUCGCCAAAGGGCGUCAUCUGAGUGGCCGAUUUGUUUGCACGAACGUUAAGAUAAAAUAAUAAAAUAAAGUACAAUAGGGAGGCUGUAAGGCAAAUCGCCAGGGCAAAGCGAACUUCUCUGGUUUCCAAACUGACAGGUUUCCUUUCCUGGCUCGGGCGCACAAGGAUCGCGAGCGGUUUUCUCUUGGGGAACGAAGCUAGAGGCACCGAGACGGAAGGGAGGCUCGGGGAACGGGGCGCGCUCCCACGGAGGGCGCCGCGGGAUGGGCAGGUUCAGUCCCGAGCGCGCUUCUGGGGAAACGGCGCGGCCUCGAUUGGAGGUGACUAUGAUAAAGAACGGUUUUUGGGCAAACGAAAAGCUCACGCUGCCGCGUCUGGUAAAGCCGCCAGCUCCUUGGCCGAGGCCCUCUGGGCACGCCAGGGCCGCCUCGCGUGACAACCCGGGCGCCGCAAGCCGGGUGGGGGUCCGAGCGGCGUGGACUGUCGCCGCGCCCCGCCCCCCACUAGCCCCGCCCUGCCAGGUCCCGCUGCCUCCUCCCUCUACACAGACCUUAAAAACGGGAUGGCGCGUUUUGACUCUCUGGAGUGACUGUCCAAACCGGCCACGCCUCUGCGAUGCCAGCUGUCAGAGCCACACGGGGGGCGUGAGAGCUGGAAACUGACUCCACUCAUCGACCCCCCAAUCUCAAUCCCCACGCUGUGAGAAAAGCCCGACUUUGCCGAGGCCCCAGGUGUAGCGGGGCUAGCCAAAGGAGGCACCUUUCUCCGUCCCCAUUCCAUUCCAGCGCCCCUGGCUCUGACGACGCCUAGAGACUCCAGAGUGGGUGCUAAAGCUCCCAGCGCUUGCAGCAGGUGUCCAGGGCCGGCCUCCGACUGCCUGGAGACACACAGGUUGAGGUCUUGCCCUCCACAAAGCCCCAGCCCCUUCUUGGAGCCCGCCGUCCCGCGCCGCUGGAAACCGCGCCUCCUCGCAGCAUGGCCACUAGCCUCAGCCUGGACGAUCCUCUACUGCCGAUCUCGCUGUCCACCCAGCAGACCACGCUCCUGCUGUUCCUCUCGGCGCUAGCCGCCGUGCACGUGGGCCAGUGGCUGCUGAGGCAGCGGCGGCGACAGCCAGGGUGCGCGCCCCCCGGCCCCUUUGCGUGGCCGCUGAUCGGAAAUGCGGCGGCUAUGGGCCCUGCGCCGCACCUCGCAUUCGCGCGCCUGGCGCGACGCUACGGCGACGUCUUCCAGAUCCGCCUGGGCAGCUGCCCAGUGGUGGUGCUGAACGGCGAGCGCGCCAUCCGCCAGGCCCUGGUGCAGCAGGGCGCUGCCUUCGCCGACCGGCCGCCCUUCGCCUCUUUCCGCGUGGUGUCCGGCGGCCACAGCCUGGCUUUCAGCCAGUACUCUGAGCACUGGAAGGUGCAUCGGCGCGCAGCGCACAGCACGAUGCGAGCCUUCUCCACGCGCCAGCCGCGCAGCCGCCGCGUCCUCGAGGGCCACGUGCUAGGCGAGGCGCGCGAGUUGGUGGCGCUGCUGGUGCGCGGCAGCGCCGGCGGCGCCUUCCUCGACCCGGUGCCGCUGACCGUGGUGGCCGUGGCCAACGUUAUGAGCGCCGUGUGCUUCGGCUGCCGCUACAACCACGACGACGCCGAGUUCCUCGAGCUGCUCAGCCACAACGAGAAGUUCGGGCGCACGGUGGGCGCGGGCAGCCUCGUGGACGUGCUGCCCUGGCUGCAGCUCUUCCCAAACCCGGUGCGCACUGCCUUCCGCGAAUUCGAGCAGCUCAACCGCAACUUCAGCAACUUCGUCCUCAACAAGUUCCUGAGCCACCGUGAAAGCCUUCGGCCGGGGGCCGCCCCCCGAGACAUGAUGGACGCCUUCAUCCUCUCCGCUGGAAAGGAGGCGGCUGAGGGCUCGGGCGACGGCGGCGCGCGGCUGGACAUGGAGUACGUACCCAGCACUGUCACCGACAUCUUCGGCGCCAGCCAGGACACUCUCUCCACUGCGCUGCAGUGGCUGCUCAUCCUUUUCACCAGGUAUCCUGAAGUGCAGGCUCGGGUCCAGGCAGAAUUGGAUCAGGUCGUGGGUAGGGACCGUCUCCCCUGCCUGGAUGACCAGCCCAAGCUGCCCUAUGUCAUGGCCUUUCUCUACGAAGCCAUGCGCUUCUCCAGCUUUGUGCCUGUCACCAUUCCUCACGCCACCACUGCCAAUGCCUCUGUCUUGGGCUACCACAUUCCCAAGGACACGGUGGUUUUUGUUAAUCAGUGGUCUGUGAAUCAUGACCCAGUGAAGUGGCCUAACCCCGAAGACUUCGAUCCAGCCCGCUUCUUGGACAAGGACGGCUCCAUCAACAGGGACCUGGCCAGCAGCGUGAUGAUUUUUUCAGUGGGCAAACGGCGGUGCAUCGGGGAGGAGCUUUCCAAGAUGCAGCUGUUUCUCUUCAUCUCCAUCCUGGCUCACGAGUGCAAUAUCAAGGCCAAUCCAGACGAGCUCUCGAAAAUGGAUUUUCAUUAUGGCCUGACCAUUAAACCCAAGUCAUUUAAAAUCAAUGUCACCCUCAGGGAGUCCAUGGAGCUCCUUGAUAGUGCUGUCCAAAAGUUACAAGCCGAGGAAGACAGCCAGUGAGAAGCCAGAAGCAAGCUGAAAUUUUAGAACUACUCAACUUUUGAGGGAUGGGGAGUAAAAUUUUCUAGCUCCUCUGUGCCACUUUCUCAGUUAGCCUCUAAUGUAAGCAUAAACCAACUGUAGACGACAUGCCUAUGCAGGGGCUCCGGGAGGAUUUUUGGAGUCAAAGAGUAAAGCGCCCAAAGAAUUUUUAUACAUAUAUGAAAUGCUGGUAAUAAUAAUUUCUUGAGGGAGCAUUCUUUGGAAUUAAAACACACAUGUGCACAUGCAUAAAACUACCUAAUGAAGAGGUAUUUCAGGAAUUGUGCUUUCGUGGGUGGGAUCCCAGAUUGAUGUUCCGUGUGCUGAAAUCUCCAUAGAAAACUGUAUUAAGCAAAUGUUCCGAAUAUAUUGUUGAAUCUGAAAAGGCAGGUAAUUUCAGUGUAAGACAUAUGAUUGAGGGUGAUAAGGGAAAAGGUGAAGACCAGAAAUUCCCUUCUCACCUUUCCAGUAAAAUCGCUUAGUUAGGCUCUAGUAUCUGUGGGUGGAUUUAUCGUUUUGCCUGCUGAUGUGCUUUCUCUCACAUCUUUGGAUGAGUUAUAAAAUCAUUUGCUCAAAUAGAAAUUAAUAGUAGUUAAUGUAGUGAUUAUAGUGGGUUUCAGUGAUUUAUCAAGAAUUUUAAAGUAUAAGUUGUUAGAUUAUAAAAAAUUCCAAGCUGAAGUCAUAUCUAUCUUAGUUGCCAAAGUACAGAAUUUCAGUUAUGAGGGAAAAAAAAAGGAUUUACCAGUCCAGCUGAGCUUUAAACGAUGUGAUUAUAAUGCACUGAUUUCAGUAAGUCUCAUAGGUUAAAAUAAAAGUCAACAAAUAGUAUUCAAUAUGUAUACACAUAUAUUUACUCAGAAGCAAUAUGUAUUAGCUACUUUAUUGUUAAAUAGUAUUAAUUAUUUGGGUCAAGGAGAGGAUGAAUAAUGUAUGUCUUUCAUAAUGUCAUAGCAAAUCUAAAAGUACAACCAAUUCAACCAGUUUUGGCUCAAAUACAUGAAACAAGCUUGAUUAAAUCAACUCCCUGUUUUUUGACAUCAUGGAAACCAAGUUGAAGCAGAGUCUCCUCUCUCGUCCAGAGCUUGAAUGAGAACUGAAAAAAAUCUCAAAAUUGGAUCUAUGAGAUAUCUUCCUUAUUACUUUACAUUUGUUAAAAUGAUAUUCAUAAUAUAGAAUCUCUUUUUGACAUUGUUCUAGUUAAUAUAUUAAAAUUCCAAACUCUUGCCAUGCUUAAAUUUUAAUUUUAAAGCCAUUUUGAUUAUUGCGUUCUGACUGAAGUUAGAGGAAAUCUGGCCGUUAUCCUAUGGAAGGCAGAGAAAUUUAACCUGAGAGUGAAAAAUGCAAUUAAUUAUCUGGAUGUUCUCUUUAUUAGGCAACAAGGGGGGAAAUUCCCAUUAUAACUGACCUAGUUUCUCUUUGAAGUGAUUUUUUUAAAGUAGCAUGAAUGUCUGUGUUUUGGGAAGUCAGAGUUAGAAGACAGUCUUGGGCGGCUGUUUUGAAGAUGGCAUUGUGUUCCACUGGAGCUGAUCAGACCCGUUGUGCUAUUUGAGAUGGCCAGCGGAGUGAGCAGUCACUUUGGUAACCUACAAACAUAAAGCUUGAACAAAAUGUAUACAUUCAGUUUAUGUAAAUCACCUGAAAACCUUUAAAAAAGCAAUGGAAGAUUACGAAAGAACAAAGUGAAGUUUAAAGUUUGUACUUUCAUUGUGUGUAAACAACCCAAAGAAGCUGUACGGUGUCCUAAAAGCUGACUCCUUGUUACAUUUUAUGAAGCUUUUUGGGAUCUUUUUAUCAAAGUUACAAAGGAAGGAGUGUAUGACGGUUGUGUGGGGGUGGUAACAGAAAAGAGUGAAAAAAUGAAAAGGAAGAAAGAUGGGUAAAUAUCUCCCCACUCAUUCCAAAUUAAUUCAUUUGAAGCACAAAAUUUGAAGCAUGAACAGUUAGAAAAAUGAUGUUUCAUGUGACAAUGUCAAAUCCCAAAUAGACUUUUUUUUAAUCUACAACAUAGAGAUCUAUUUUGUAAUUUGGGACUUUUUAUUAAUAACAUUUUGACGUAAUUUUAGUUAAUAAAAUCUCAUACCUGUACCUCCUGAAGAUGAAAAACUGUUUGUGCCAGUAUUUUUAAGGCACUAAAGUCGACUAUAGAAAUCACGCUUACCCAAUACAUUUAAAUGUUUUUGGCACCUGUAUUGCCCUGCCCCCAGCAGCGUGGAAACCAUGACUUUGGGCUGCCGUAGCCCGCUUACUCUGCUUCAGAGCUGUGCAGCAGUAAAAGCAAUCAUGUCCCAAUCUGGAUGCCUCAUUAAAUCAACCAGGACCAGAUGUGCUAUAAUCUGUGUCGGGCUGUGUAGGCUCAGUUCAUCCGGCACUUUCAGCUGUGGGAGAAAGCUGUGCUCACAGAGGCGAGAGUAAGCUAGGCGCUUGGAGCUUACGUGGCUUAUUUCAUACGUUUAUAACCUAAUUAAAGGAAGGAAAGCAAAAUCAAAGCAAACAAAAAUAACCGAAUUUGGGGGCUACAGUAAUCAGAUUACUGGCUUAAUCAGAAAACCUCAUUUUACUUCUACCAGAGAAAGAAUGUAUUUGAGGUUACCCUUAAAGUCAGAACAUCUAUUCUACGUUACUGCAAUAGCUAAGGUAUAUUGUUUAUGAAAUGCUUCACUUACAUAUUAAAGCUUGACUUUGUAAGAAAAUUGCUUUUUUCCAAAACAAAAAGAUUUCUCAGGUUUGUUUUGUGGCUUAUCAAAAAGCUUUCAUGUCUCAGAACUUAGCCUUUACCUGUGAAAUGUUAUUACAGCCUUAAUAUUCUCAUAAUAGAUCUAUAUUAGAUCAAAUAGUUGCAUAGCACUAUAUAUUAAUUUGUAUAUUUUUAGCUAUGACACAACUGUGUGAUAAGAAGAUACACUUUAGUAGAUGUUUGUAAUUCAAGGAUAACUUCUUAUUUAACCUUUUCUUAUUUUUAUAUUUUAUCAUGCAUGCUUUUAAUAUGUACAGAGCAACUAUAAUACAUAGUUGUAACUGAAAUAGAUUUUGAGGACACAGCAUUAAUAUGUAGCUUUUACUAUUUGUUAUACCAGAUUAAAAACAUUCUGUAUCUCUAAUCACCUAUAAUAAAAGGACACCAUUACCAAAAUAAUAAAAAUCACUUUCAUAAUCUUA